AUGCACCUCGACCGUGACGGCGAUCCCCAGCAUCGGGUCGCUACAGCAGACACUUUGCUCUCCGCGGCCGACCGGUUCGAUAGGGAACAUCGACAGAAGAGCCGUGCGAGGGCGUUUGGGGCUCGGUAUCUGCGUAUUGUCGGGGGAUUGCAAUCUUACUUCUCGGCAAUUGAUAGUGUCAUUUCGUCCAACCCGAUGAUUGCGGCAUGUGUUUGGGGAGCGCUGCGUUUUGUUUUCGAGGUCGCUAACAAGUACUUUCGUUUCUUCGAGAGCUUGACUUCGUCGCUCGAGCGUGUCGCUGAGGAUCUCGACUUCUAUAAUGACUACGCGAUCAUAUUGUACAACAAGUGGGAUCGAGUUCAAACAGUACUUCUUCGCGUCUACACUAACAUUCUACAUCUCUGCGACGAGGCAAAACUGGAACGGGAUCGGGCACUUGAGGAAAGACUGCGUGCAGAACAGGAAAGAGAAGCGGCGCGGGACGAGCGCGUGGCGCAGGCCUUGGAGCGAGCCGACCAGGCGUUCGAAAGGAAGGACCAGUCCGUGGAGCGUAAGCAGCAGGCUAUCGAGAGGAUCGACCAGGCUGUCGAGCGGAAGCAGCAGAGCGUGGAGAGGAGGAAGCAAAGCGUGGAGAGAAUGAGUCAAGACGCGCAUAGGGUGCACUGGGAAGUUGCAAGAACGAGGGACGAGAUUCGACGUGAUGGAGAAGAUGAUCGCAUUCAGGCCUUUGAUUUGAGGGCCGUCCAUGCUGAGAUCUGUCGCGUCCCUCUUCCUGGAACGGGCAACUGGCUCGUCGAUAGCCCGGAGUUUCUAGCCUGGUCGACGUCAAAGAGCAUCCCUGACAAUGUCUUAUGGUGCUUCGGGAAGCCGGGGUCUGGGAAAACGGUAUUGACUUCUAACGCGAUUGACGAGGUGAUAACCGGUCACGAAUCUGAUGGCUCCGUGGCCGUCGCCUCUUUUUAUCUUAGAUUCGAUGACCCUCGCCGACGAACCACUUCGGCUGUGCAACGCACCAUUCUCUAUCAACUGCUCCGUCGACUUUCAAAGGAAGACUUGCACUCGUUCGUCCAUGAAUUUGCUUCCGUGUACAGCGGCAAUACUGUCACCGAUGACAUCGACGUGAUGUCUUUGAUUCUUCGCCUCGCGGAGAAGUUUGGUCGGGGCUUCAUCGUCAUUGAUGCCCUAGACGAAUGCGAUGACCUCCCGAAUCUCCUCGACUUGCUCUCUAGACUUCGGCGCCAUUUCCGAAUCCUCGUUUUCAGCAGAGAUCUACAGGAAAUCCGUCUCGGGCUCAGUGGAUGUGUCGAGGUUUCUUUGGAUGCAUAUGACCGCCACACAGAGAUUAUGCGUUUCGUGAGAACCAGAGUGUCUGAGUACCAUCAAUCUGGAAGGCUCGUUGUCGGUACAGAGGGCCUUCUGGACGAGAUCGUCGAUGCACUCACACAGCAGGCUGACGGAAUGUGGUUAUGGGUCAUACUCCAGAUCGCCAGCCUAUGUCGACAGAGGCGAGAUGCAGAUAUACGAGCGGCUCUUCGAGACUUACCACCGGACCUGGAUACUACCUAUUACCGGAUUUUACAGCGCAUAGAUUCCCUGGGAUCGCGGACAUCAUCCCUCGUCCAACAUGCACUGGAAUGGUUGGUCGGUGCCUCCCGACCUUUGUCCGUCGACGAGCUUGCGAAAGCCGCUGCCGUGUCCGACCUGUACGACGAGGCGCUGGACGAUCAUAGCCCUAUCAAUGAUGCUCUGGGAUUGAUCGACGAUUGCUCGAAUCUACGAUGUUUCAUGCACAUGCGCCUCCUGAACAGGAAGAAGGCCCAGCUGGACACUCAGUCUCAUAACGAGUCAUCGCCGGUUUCCACGCUCAGUAUGACCGAUGUUUUGCUGCGGUCUCUCGACGUUUUAGAUCUUGAUCUCCGGCAAGCACUCACAAAUGCAUACUUGGCCGCACUUCCUUCCCCUCCCAACCGUACCGCACUCGAAGAGGUCUUUGAUUCAUUUCGACUUGCGCUCAGUCUCACACAGGCCUCGGACGAUGGCCAGAAACGCUUGCAGGUGGCGAAAACACUCCACCAAAUCUAUGUUCGCUCACGAAACAGCCUUGUCUUGUAUGCCGCCGCGGCUACCUAUCGUUCCCUCGCUGAUCAUAAUCUCAAGCGGGCUCAGGUUUGGGUUGAGGGCGCUACUUCCGAGAACGUGCUUCAGGCACUGCCUUUAGCGAAUAUCGUCCAUAUUGCCUGUCCGUCCACUCACGGCGUACAUGGUAGAUGGAGACCUAAGCCUCUCGACGAUGCGAUCUACCUCAAAGACAAUGCGACAAUGACGACUCAGGAUCUAUUGCGUCUUGACACGCUGCCUGCCGAAUUCGUGUCUCUCAACUUGUUCUCAAGCUCGUCGUACCACGCCAAAACAAGACAGGAUCAGCUCGGGAUGGUUGCGUGUUUGCUUCACAUUGGGGUUGGUAAUGUGGUGGCAGCAAUGUGGUACGUCCCCAUACGUCGCAAAAAGCUCUACGUGAAUUACUGA